ACCACGACUUGCUUAUUCCACAACUUACACUUCUGUGUUCCAUCUCUUGCAACUUGCAAGCCACUACUUGGAGCCAUUUUCGAUUUUUUUGGAUUCAAUUAUAAGCCUGAAUUAGUAGAACUUGCCUUUGAACAUUCACCCGCGUCACCAUCGAAUCUUUUUGGUUAUGUCUGCUCACCAUGCAGCUCAGCGCCAACCAUCCAUUAAGGAUCUCGCAUUCAAGUAUGAACGACCACGCCAGGAGGGUUUGCAGACAACAGCAUACACCUCCGUUGUCUGCAGGCCAUGAGCCGUCUUCAGCAAAAUCCAGCGAAUAUUCACCCCGACACGAUAAUGGCGGCUAUCUCACGCCUGGUAUGCCAUUGUCAGCUCAAAUGAUGCCUCUGCCCGGCUCUGUCAGCACAGGUUCGGUUAUCCGCAGCGACGACCAUUCUCAAAUGCAAAACAAAAGAUCACGUCCGUCGAGCUUGACGCCCAUCGCGGCACUACCUCGGGAUUCACGCCCUCCCCAUGUCGCUUAUGCGCCUCAGUAUCAAUCUUACCAACCACCGAUGCCACCUCCCAGUCCUUAUCACCAAAUGAGUCCAAUUGCUGCUCCACCAUCAUCCAUGCCUCAUACAUCCCUUCCACCCUCACCACAUACUCAAAUGCAGCAUCAACCUAGUGCACCUCCAACACACCCUGCAUACUCGUAUCAGCAACAGCAACAGCAGUCUUAUAUGCCUCGCUCCAACACCCAGCAUAUAGCCUCGCAUCCGCCUUCCUCUCACCCGUCUCAUAACUAUCAUCCCGCUCCGCCGCAGCAUCCCCAAUCUCAAGCUCCACAACAAAUCCAGGCUCCUCCACCAUCUCAUUCAACUUUAUCCCAACCGCACCCACAUAUGCCGUAUCCUUCGCCUUCUCCUUCAGUCUCUCAGGAACAUCACUGGGAACCACAUCAUCAAUCUCAACCUCAACAUCCCCAGCCUGUGCAUCCUGUUCAGCAUCAUAAUGUGCACCAUGCACCUCUUCCGCCGCCGCCCACUGCUACACCUUCGUCACUCUCAAUUCAGCACAAUCAAUACUCGCACCCACCUCCCCCACCCCCUCCUGUAGUACACCAUCAUCAGCAACCGCAACCCCAGCAUCAACCACAACAUACGAUCUAUAUGCAGCCCAUGAACCCUCCUUCAUCCACGUCUUCUCAAACUUCACUUGCCCGUGCUGCACCACCGAUUGUAACCAACUCGAUUGCUGCCCCCGAAGUCGAUAUUAGAACACCAUAUCCUAUGAAUGCAAAACCAUCGGCGCGCGAAAAUACAAUGUCUGAGAUAGUCAAGUUGUGUUCUAUCCUUUAUGAUUUUGCCAGUCGUUAUUCGACCCUGAGUAGUGCUUUACCUCACGUCCAGCCUUCUCAGACUGAGGUUACUGAGAUGGCACGUCGCGCCAGUGAAGUGGUACGCCUUCUGGAGGUUCUUCGCCAAAUGGACGGAUCGGAGGAUAGCAGUUCCAAAAAUGAGGAAGUUCCGAGUUCUAUACCUACUAGUCCCGACGAUCAUCGUCCGCCUAAAAGACCUUGGGAGGACAUGGCUCGAGAUGGACAAGCUUCUGGUGAUGAUACGGCAGGUAUCUUUUCAGAGUUGCCUUCAGCAUCUAUUACCUCAGGACAAACCACGGCUGAACAAGAUAUGGAGCUGAUUCGUUCAAAGCGGGCCACAACUACCGCUGGAUCAUCUGCAUCUUCAGGUCAGCUCAAGAGCAAAUACCGGAAGAGAAGUCGGGCGACACCACCGGGUAAAUGUCAUUCCUGUAAUAUCAGAGAGACCCCCGAAUGGAGGCGAGGCCCUGACGGAGCACGAACGUUAUGCAAUGCAUGCGGUCUCCAUUACGCAAAGCUCAUGCGAAAACAGGCUAAACUUCAAAAUGGCGAACCGCCUCCCAAGAUCGACUUGGAUACCUUGAAAGCCUCUACGAAGGCAGCCGAAGCGGAGAGAAACGCCAAGGCGGACGAGAACACUGCACCCGGCUCGACUCCUCAACACCAUCAAGGCUCGUUCCAGGUUAUGUCUGUGAUGUCACCUGUUGAGGCUCAGAAUUCUCCCACUACAUCGUCCGAUCCUAAUCGGUUGCCAGCCCAUCAUCAGACGAUUCUUCCUCCUCCGACAGGCUCUGGUUCGAUGCAUCCUCCACCUCCGCCUUGGGCCGCAGCAAAUAUUCCACGGGCGUUUACCCCUUCCGACCAGUUCCAAAGCCAAUCUUUCAUUCGGACUAAUCAAGUCUCGCCCCGGUAAGAAUGAAUGAUAACAUAUGGUGAUAUCUCUAUAUUGCUCUCUAUAUCUAUCUCCGCCGCUAAGUAUAACAGUAUCCUUUCCAUCCUCGAUUCUAAAUCGUGCUUAUUAUACACCAUACUCUAUCUUAGUUAUGACAAGAUUUUGCGUAUAUUUCAAUAUCCCAUACCCUUUUCGUUCUUC